ACUACGUCAUUAAGCAGGAAGUGAAGGUCAGAGAAAGCAUGGCGACGCGCAGUGUGUUGCAGUCCGUAAGGACAGCACUGAGAUCUUUUCAGAGCGAUUUCAUCCAAAAGGGUUUAUUUCAAAGGAUAGCAGUUUUGGGAAAUGCUCAAACACGUGGACUCAGACACGUGGUGGAGCAGAAAGAGGGCAAAACAACAAUUAUAGAGGGUGUUAUAGAGCCUACAUCUGAGGUACCACAGCCCCCAAAUCCCACUGCUAAAUGUCCCAUUUAUAGAUGGAACCUGCAAAACAAGUACAACUAUACAGAUGUGCUGCUGCUCAGCCAGUUCAUUCGUUCAGAUGGUGGGAUGCUGCCGAGGCGCAUUACGGGUCUCUGUGCUCAUGAACACACCAAGAUUGCAAUAUGUGUCCAGAUGGCCCACCGUGCAGGUCUUCUACCAGAUCAUAGACCUCGCUUGCCCGAAGGCCACGUUCCAAAACCCAAGCCCAACCCACCUCUUAACCGGUAUCUGACACGUUACUCUGUGAAGUCUGUAAACCCCAUCUACAAAAAAGGGCUGAAGUGGUGCAAGAAAAGAAUGCCUGUAGGACAUCCUGCUUUAAAAAACAACAUCAGAUACGGUCCGAAGCCACUUUACAUAAGGCAUUAA